AUGGGGGAUGUUCCCAGAGACGUGGGCUGUCUCAAUCGGACUGACGCGUUGUCUUUCCCUUCCUCAGGCCUGAAGCUCAUGGGAGCCCCAGCGAAGAUGACAGUGUCUCAGGGGCAGCCAGUCAAGAUGAACUGCAGUGUGGAGGGGAUGGAGGACCCCGAUAUACACUGGAUGAAGGACGGGGCUGUGGUCCAGAAUGCAAGCCAGGUGUUCUCGAUAAGCGAGCAGUACUGGAUUGGCUUCCUCAGCCUGAAGUCAGUGGAGCGGUCUGAUGCCGGCCUGUACUGGUGCCAGGUGAAGGAUGGGGAAGAAACCACUUCUCAGUCAGUAUGGCUCACCACUGAGAGAUGCAGGGCUAACUCCCCUCCUUUUUUUUCCUCCCUAGGUGUGCCAUUCUUCACGGUGGAACCAAAAGAUGUGGCAGUGCACCCAAUGCCCUUUUCAAACUGUCUUGUGAGGCGUGGGUCCUCCGGAACUGUAACCAUUUUCUGGUGGAGAGGAACCACUAAGGUUGGGGGACCUGCCUCUCCCUCUGUUUUAAACGUGACAGGAGUGACCCAGCGCACAGAGUUUUCUUGUGAAGCUCACAACAUAAAAGGCUUGGCCACUUCCCGACCAGCUAUUGUUCGCCUUCAAGCUCCUCCUGCAGCCCCUUUCAACAUCACGAUGACCACCAUCUCCAGCCGCAACGCUAGUGUGGCUGGGUGCCAGGAGCUGACGUUUAGCCUGCUCCAUUCCUGUACGUGCAGGCUUGUCUGGACUACUGGGUCUGAAGCACUAUCCAGAUGCUGCUGCUUGGUGGCACUGGCCCAGGAGACUGGAGGUUCUGGCUGUCGUGGUCCCUGUACCACCUUUACCUGCCUGCUUCGGGACUUGGCCCCCGCCACCAACUACAGCUUAGGUGCGCUGUGCCAACGCCUGGGGCCCUCCCUACGCCGACUGGGUGCCCUUUCAGACAAGGGCCUAGCGCCAACCAGAGCUCCCCAGAAUCUCCAUGCCAUUCGUACCGACUCAGGCCUUAUCCUGGAAUGGGAAGAAGUGAUCCCUGAGGACCCUGGGGAAGGCCCCCUGGGACCUUAUAAGCUGUCCUGGGUCCAAGAAAACGGAACCCAGGAUGAGCUGAUGGUGGAAGGGACCAGGGCCAAUCUGACCGGCUGGGAUCCCCAGAAGGACCUGAUUUUGCGUGUGUGUGUCUCCAAUGCAGUUGGCUAUGGGCCCUGGAGUCAGCCACUGGUAGUGUCUUCUCAUGACCAUGCAGGAAAGUCUUCUGUCAAGGCUGUGAAGGCAGGGCCUCCCCACAGCCGCACAUCCUGGGUGCCUGCGGUCCUCGGGGUGCUCACCGCCCUGAUCACUGCUGCUGCCUUGGCCCUCAUCCUGCUUCGGAAGAGACGGAAGGAGACACGGUUCGGGCAAGCCUUUGACAGCGUCAUGGCCCGAGGGGAGCCAGCUGUGCACUUCCGGGCCGCUCGGUCUUUCAAUCAAAGGCCUGAACGCAUUGAGGCCACACUGGAUAGCCUGGGCAUCAGCGAUGAAUUAAAGGACAAGCUGGAGGACGUCCUUAUCCCAGAGCAGCAGUUCACCCUCGGCCGGAUGUUGGGCAAAGGAGAGUUUGGGUCAGUGCGGGAAGCCCAGCUGAAGCAGGAAGACGGCUCCUUCGUGAAAGUGGCUGUGAAGAUGCUGAAAGCUGACAUCAUUGCCUCAAGCGACAUAGAAGAGUUCCUCAGAGAAGCAGCUUGCAUGAAGGAGUUUGACCAUCCACACGUGGCAAGCUUAAUAGGGCUAAAAAUACGCUCCACCAGCUCGAGAGGGCAGCCUCCCAUCCCCAUGGUCAUCCUGCCUUUCAUGAAGCAUGGAGACUUGCAUGCCUUUCUGCUCGCCUCCCGAAUUGGGGAGAACCCGUUGAACCUGCCCCUCCAGACUCUGGUCCGGUUCAUGGUGGACAUUGCCUGUGGCAUGGAGUACCUGAGCUCCCGGAACUUCAUCCACCGAGACCUGGCAGCUCGGAAUUGCAUGCUGGCAGAGGACAUGACGGUGUGUGUGGCUGACUUUGGACUCUCCCGAAAAAUCUACAGGGACUAUUAUCGUCAGGGUUGCGCCUCCAAAUUACCCGUCAAGUGGCUGGCCCUGGAGAGCUUGGCUGACAACCUGUAUACUGUGCACAGCGAUGUGUGGGCCUUCGGGGUGACCAUGUGGGAGAUCAUGACUCGUGGGCAGACGCCAUAUGCUGGCAUCGAAAAUGCUGAGAUUUACAACUACCUCAUCGGCGGGAACCGCCUGAAACAGCCUCCGGAGUGUAUGGAGGAAGUGUAUGAUCUCAUGUACCAGUGCUGGAGUGCCGACCCAAAGCAGCGCCCAAGCUUCACAUGCCUGCGAAUGGAACUGGAGAACAUUCUGGGCCAACUCUCUGUGUUGUCCACCAGCCAGGACCCCUUGUACAUUAACAUUGAGAGAGCUGAGCAGCCUGCUGAGAGAGAGAGGCAGCCCGAGCGGCCCUGUGGAGAGCAGCCUAGCGGCGAGCAGGGGACGGCAGUGGCGCGGGGGAGUGGUGGCAGUAUCCCCAGUGACUGUCGGUACAUCUUCAGCCCUGGAGGGCUGGCUGAGUCACCUGGGCAGUCGGAGCAGCAGCCGGAAAGCCCCCUCAGCGAGACCCAGAGGCUGCUGCUGCUGCAGCAGCAAGGGCUACUGCCUCACAGUAGCUGUUAACCUGCGGGCAGAGGACAGCUGGGGCCAUCCACCUGCCUCUGCUGGCCACGAUGCUGGCUGGCUAAGCCCAGCCUGAUCACAGCCCAGGCAGCAAGGGUCUGGAGCUCCUGUGGUAGCCCUCCCAAGCUGUGCUGGUACCUGGACUGACUAAAUCGCCCAAUCCCAGUUCUUCCUGCAGCCACUCUGGCUGGCCUGGCAUCAGUUCAGGCCUUGGCUGAGAGGAGGUGAGCUGGAGCUGGUUGCCUGAAUGCGGGCAGCUGGCAGGAGGGUGUGUGUGGCUAUGUUCCAUGGGUACCAUGGGUGUGGAUGGCAUGAGGGGAGGGUAGCAACAGCCCUGUGGGCCCCUACCCUCCUGGCUCAGCUGCUCCUACUUCUAGUGCAUGCUUGGAGCUGCCCGCAGCCUGGAGGCGCAUCAGUGCCCACCACACUUGGGUUUAAAUGCCAGGUUUGCCCCUUAGAGUCACAAAGAGAUGCCGUUGUAUUGUUCACUUUUAGGUGACAGGAAGGGAGUGGUAUACUUGGGUCCCAAAGCCCUUGGCAGGAGAUGGUGGGAUAUUCUCAGGUCUGAAUCCUCAUCACCUUCCUGAUUCCCCACCCUGCCAAGGCCUGGAGCUGGCUGGGUGCCUCUGAGGCAUUCG